GCUAUGUUUUGAAAUCUGGGCAGCUGCUGCCAAAGCUCUGCACCGCAUUAUUUGUAGGCUGUCAUUCUGGAUCAAAUGUAAGGGCGAAAUAAAACAUGCCAAAGUCUCUGAAAAAGUCCUGCACCGCUCAGACCUCCAUUAGCAGGUACUUCGGAGGACUGAGCAGCAGCAGCUUUGCCUCCAGCAGUCAGUGUGGGAUUAACCAAAAUCCUUCUGAGCUUUCGAGAGGCAAGCAGAAGUUUUCAUCUGAUGAUGAUUUAGGAUUGCCCAAAAAACGAGCUAAGCCUUCUCCAAAGGACAAGCAGCUGGAGGAUGUGGAGUGCGAGCCUGCAUCCUGCCAGGGAACUAAAGACACAAAGCUGACACUGAGCCGAAAAGCAGGCAGCCUGUGCUCCUCCACCUUGGAGAAGCUGAGAGGCUUCACCUGCGUGGCUGAGCCCAGUGUCAGCGGCAGCAACAUCCGGGAAACAACAAAGACAGAUGAUGCUAAAAGUAAAAUCACUGGUCAGGAAAGCAGUGUUUGGCCUGCUCACAGUGUUGCAGAUCAACCCAAAACUGCACACAGACUACAGCAUGCUGAAGAGGAGAAUGAGGAUGAAGAGGAGGAUGAUGAAGAAAAGGGAGAUCCAGGAAAGGCUGCUACAAAACGUGGGUUUCACUUCUCUCAAUUUGCCAAGACGGGAGGAGAAGGAAAGUGUGCAGAACUGGGUCCUCUGUUAGAUUCUAGCGCCCCCUCCAGGCGUUCAAAGAGCAUAUACACUCCCCUGGAGCAGCAGGUGAUCCAGCUGAAACAGCAGCAUAAGGAUGCUUUGUUGGCUGUGGAGUGUGGCUACAAGUACAGGUUCUUUGGAGAGGAUGCAGAGAUUGCCGCAAAGGAGCUGAAUAUCGUCUGUCAUCUGGAUCAUAACUUCAUGACGUGCAGCAUCCCUACACACCGCCUGUUUGUUCAUGUCAGACGGUUGGUGUCUCAUGGACACAAGGUUGGAGUGGUUAAACAGACGGAGACAUCUGCAAUCAAGGCAUCAGGGGCCAACAGGAAUGCUUUGUUCACGCGUCAGCUCAGUGCCCUGUACACCAAGUCCACUUUGGUGGGAGAGGAUGUAAACCCGGUGUGCAGACUGGGGGAUGUGGAGGAAGGCGGCUGUGAUGAUGUUGUGUCGGACCCUCCUGACAGUUUCCUGCUUUGUAUUAGUGAGAACUGGGACAAACAGAAGAAGCAGCUCACCGUGGGGCUGGUGGCAGUUCAGCCCAGCACAGGCGACGUGCUUCUGGACUGUUUCCCUGAUGGUCCCUCCCGCUCUGAGCUGGAGGGCCGUGUCCUAAAGAUCAACCCUGUGGAAAUCCUGGUGCCCUCUGACCUCUCAGAACAAACCGAGAGACUCUUGCACAGCAUUACUAAUGCAAGCGCUCAGGCCGACGACCGAAUCAGGGUUGAGAGGAGGGACGGCACUGAGUUUGAGUUUGCCUCUGCAAUGAACACAGUUACCAAGUUCUACUGCCACACCCAGGCGAAAGGCUCUCACUCUCUGUCCAGUGUAGCUUCCCUUGAGAGCCCAGUGAUCUGCUGCCUGGGGCCACUCAUCCAAUACCUUCAAGAAUUCAACUUAGAACGAGUUCUUAGACGUGAAAGCUCGUUCCUGCGACUGACCUGCGAGUCGGAAGUUAUGCCUCUCAGCGCUGCCACUCUAAGAAAUCUAGAAAUACUCAGCAAUCAGACAGAUGGUAGUGUGAAAGGAAGUCUGUUGUGGGUGUUGGACCAUACUCACACUCCAUUUGGAAGGAGACUGAUGAGGAAGUGGGUGAGCCAGCCCCUUACAAACUUGCAGUCUAUAUCAGAGAGGCAGGAUGCUGUGCAGGAAAUCCUGGAAUCAGAUUCUCUUACUUUAAAUUCCAUUCGAUCCCUGCUGUCUCAUCUGCCAGACCUGGAACGAGGCAUCUGCAGCAUAUAUCACAAAAAGUCUUCUACUCAGGAAUUUUACCUCAUUAGUAGCAGUCUUUCUCGCCUGGGGUUGGAACUGCAGACCUUACUCCCAGCCAUACAGUCCCAGAUCAGCUCAGUGCUACUUCGAAGCCUCUUGUUGGACACUCCAGACCAGCUGAUUCCAGCUCACAGCUUCCUAAAGGUGCUCAAUGAAAAGGCAGCAAAGUCGGGGAAUAAGACGGAGCUGUUCUCAGAUCUGUCUGGAUUCCCAGUGCUGCAGGAAAGAACGGAGCAGAUCCAGACUGUCCUCUGUGAGAUUCAAGACCACCGCAAAGACAUCCGUCUGAAGCUGAAGGCCCCCACGCUUGACUACAUGACUGUCUCAGGACAGGAGUUUUUGAUUGAGGUGAAGAACUCUCUGUCAUCCAUUGUUCCACCUGACUGGGUCAAAAUGAGCAGCACCAAGGCAGUCAGCAGGUAUCACUCUCCUUUCCUGGUGGACCGCUACAAGAAGCUGCAGCAGCUCCGAGAGCAGCUGAUGCUGGACUGCCAGAGGGAGUGGACCAAUUUUCUGGAUCAGUUUGGGGAGCACUACCACACCAUGAAAAGGGCUAUUAGUCACCUAGCAACCAUGGACUGUCUCUUUUCAUUGGCUGAGGUGGCUAAACAAGGGGACUAUUGCAGGCCAGAGGUGUGUGACAACAAGCACCAGAUUAUGAUCAGGGAUGGCAGACAUCCUGCUAUUGAUUUACUGAUGGGAGAGCACAAUCAGUAUGUGCCCAACCACACUGAAUUACAGGGUGACGGCAGGAGAACAAUGAUAAUCACUGGGCCUAAUAUGGGGGGUAAGAGCUCCUACAUUCGCCAGGUUGCUCUUAUCUGUGUAAUGGCUCAGAUGGGCUCCUACGUCCCAGCCUCAGAGGCCUGUGUGGGCAUACUGGAUGGCAUUUACACCAGGAUGGGGGCUUCAGACAACAUCUACAAAGGGCGCAGUACAUUUAUGGAAGAACUGACAGAGGCCGCAGACAUAAUUUCCCAUGCGACCAAACAGUCACUGGUCAUCCUGGAUGAAUUGGGACGAGGUACAAGCACCCAUGAUGGAAUUGCCAUCGCCUAUGCCACUCUGGAAUAUUUCAUCAAAGAGGUGAAAGCCCUAACCCUGUUUGUAACCCAUUAUCCUCCUCUGUGUGAGCUGGAGCGGGUGUAUCCUGAACAUGUAUUGAACUACCACAUGGCUUUCUUACUCAAUGAACCUGAUAUCUCUGCUGACACUGAUGAUGGAGACGUUCAGCCAGAGUUCAUCACCUUCCUAUACCAGUUAACUGAAGGAGCUGCGGGGCGGAGCUACGGCCUGAACGUUGCCCGGCUGGCUGACAUCCCGGAUCCUAUACUGCACACUGCUGCUCGCAAAGCCAGAGAGCUGGAGAAAGUGGUUGAUGCCAGAAGAAAGAAUAAGAAAGUUCUCUCAGAUCUUUGGGGGAUCACUGACAGAACGUCCCUCAUGGAAUGGCUGCAGUCGAACUCUUGACAUCACUGCGACAUUAAUCGCACCAUCACAUGAAGAAAAUGAUCCCACUCCCAGUGAACAGAAGACGAAUAUAAACACAGUACAAAUGUGCUCAGCUGAUGCCGUAGGGUGAUGCUGCUCUUUUUCUAGUGUGUAUGUGUGGGUUUGUGAAAAAGGAUUUUAGCUGUCUCAGGUUCUGGCGAUCGUCAUAUUCUGUACUGUAACCUAAUUGUAAUAACUUCAAUACUACCAGUUGAUUAAGA